ACUUCUGUGGCCAUACACUUCUCAUAAACAGCAAGGCCUCUUCACAGAGCAUCUCCCAACAUGACGGCCUGCUUCAGCAGAGUGAGCAGGUGCAAUCCACAACCUACCUCCUCUGCAUCCCAGUUUUGCUCCAGAGGAGAAGUUCACGAGGUGGAUUGGCCUGAUGGGUCCUGGCUCCACUGGGAAGACCCCUGGGAGAAUCUGAAUCUUCUUGGAGGACUUCUCUGCUCUGCUUCUAGUUCUCCACCUCCAGGUUGGGAGAGGGUCCUGACACCAAAAGUUCAUUUCAGAAUCUGCCUUUCAGCCCUUCCUUCUGGUCAAAGGGAACUUAGAUGUACCUGGGGAGAGUUCCACAAGCAACAACGUGUGGUGAGUUAGGUGAAUCAGAGAGAAAGCACCAUGUUACGGAAGCUGCUGGCAGGAGGCUCCGAUCUCAUCUACAGGACAGAGAAGCCUUCCUGGAGGAAGCAAGGUUUGAGAUGAAACCUGAAGGGUAGAAGAUAAAUAGAUGAAGGAGGGGGAAGAGCACGCAGGCCAGGAGGAAGCCUGCACAAAGGUGUGUCUAACAUGUAAGAGAAAUUGGUGGCUGAGGAACUGGAUUGAUUUAGGAGGCGUCAUCAAUUGAUAAGGCUAAGGAACUGAUUCAAUUGUGGGGCUCAUGGAGAGACAGGAAUUAGGAACCCGCUCCCCCACAACCCCAGUUCCUGACGUGGCCACCUGUGGGAUGGCAGUGCAUUUACUGAGACGGAGUGCUGUGGAGGAGCCUAAUGGUGGAAGUGAGGUUGGGAGAAGAUAAUGAACGGUUAUCUUAUCUAUGGUGAUGAAAAUGAGCCCUAAAAGGCAGUUCAGCUGACCCAGCUUUCUUAUGAUCUCAGGGCCAAGAACUGAAUUAAAGCCCCGAUGUAGACAUGGUGUUAAUUAUUUCAUUGAGGCCACCCAUUAAGGCUGUAAACACUGAGUUUGUUUCCACCCUACUGAGAAAUCGAAAGGACAGAGUGAAGCUUCAACAUGAUCGUCACCAGCUGGAACAAUCAGGCUUAACACGAUGAAAUUUAACAGGGACAAAUUUAAAUUACACUCCUUAGGUUCGCAAAAUCAGUUGUUUCUGUAAAGGAUGAAAAACCUGACUUAACAGCAGCUCAUGUCAACAGAACCUAAUAGAGUCAGUUGGCUAUGAAUUCCACACAAGCUGACAUGGUGAUGUGGCUGGCCCUUUGUAAGGAACACGGCUAUACUGCAGCCAAGCAAGGAUAGGCCGAGGUAAACAUCCUGCGUGACUCAGCCUGUUUGUAGCGCAGGAGUAUAGCUCCACUUGUUGUAUAAUCACAGCCAUGUAGCCAUAACAUGGGAAGGCUCAUCACUUGGCUUGGAGCCACUAUCAUCUGUAAAAGGUAUAAUUGCCCUGCUGACACUGUACAGGCAUGCUUGUGUCCAGAGAAAGAGAGAGAGAAGGCCAGAGCUGUCUGUUUUGUAAAUGGACAUGGGGGAGCCAGGACACAGCUUGGCUUGCUUGUGCCCGUAGGGCAAGAGUUAAGCUGCUAACCCUGAAGAGAGAGCUGGUUGUGCAGCUGUAUGUGGGAGCCACCGGAGCAAGCAGCCAAGACGGAGACAGUGUAAGAGAGAUGCUGAAUAAAACCACAUUUCACCUA